GUUGGCGUUGUUAUUAUCUGUGUCGAUAAAUAGUCAUUAAACACUAUACUUGCGAUAGGAAUUUGCACCCUGGCUCGUAGAGUUGAUGAGAAGUGUUUCUUUGGAAGAGAAAGCCAGCGUUGUAGGCGAAACUGUAAAUGACCAGAGAGCACUAGAAAUAUUGGGCUUUCGACCGUUUCCUAUGUGUGUCAAUGAACUCAAAUUUUUUUUGUUUUAUUAGGGUAAUACGAAGGUUUGGCAAUGAAGGCUAUACGAGUGCAUACAUUUGGAGGACCAGAGGUCUUGAAAGUUGAAACUGAUGUUCCAAUUCCUGUUCAUACUGAGAGCCAGGUACUCAUUCGGGUUGGCUCAGCUGGUGUAAAUCCAGUUGACACCUACAUUAGGAUGGGAUUAUUUGCUCAGUUGCCAACCUUGCCUUACAUUCCAGGCCGUGAUGGUGCCGGGACUAUAGAAAAAAUUGGUUCUGAAGUUGACAACCUCAAGGUAGGAGAUCGCAUUUUCUUUUCCGGAGCCAGCGGCUCUUACGCUGAAUACGUUGCUUGUGAAUCGCAUUCAGUGUUCCGACUGGCUGAUCGCCUCUCCUUCGCCCAAGGGGCCGCUCUAGGUGUCCCUUACUUCACCGCGUAUCGCGCUAUAUUUAUCAAAGGAAAGGCCAAGGCCGGUGAUCGAGUGCUAGUACAUGGAGCUAGCGGAGCUGUUGGUUUGGCCGCCUGUCAAAUAGCUAAAGCGCACGGUAUGACAGUUGUUGGAACGGCCGGCACACCCCAGGGGAUGGAACUGGUAAAAAACAAUGGAGCUCAUCUGGUGUACAAUCACAGAGAAAAGGGGUAUUUGGAACAAGCUGCCGAAGCGGUGGGCGGUGACGGCUUCGACGUUAUUAUCGAAAAUGCAUCAGACAUCAAUCUAGGUUCGGAUUUGACCGUCAUCGGUCCAGGUGCCCGUGUUGUGAUUGUGGGCAAUCGAGGCAACGUCGAAAUCAGCCCUCGCUUCCUGAUGACAGAAGAGGCUUCUAUCGUCGGAUGCGCCCUUUUCAGAUCGACUCCGGAGGAGUGGCGUCAAACGGCCGCAGCUGUAGUGGCCGGCGUGGAAAUGGGUUUCCUAACUCCGUUCAUCGACAAAGAAUACCCGAUGGAGUCCGUUCAAGAGGCUCAUGCCAACGUGCUCAGUCACGAAGGAGGAUCUCGUGGCAAACUGGUCUUGACAAUGACGUAGAUGUCCUUUGCGAAUGAAGAAGUAGAAAAUUUUGUUUUCCUAAGCAUGUUUACGUUUUUUGUUUCCUUUUUUCCUAAAAAUUUUUCCGUCUUGAAUGAACGCAGCCUUCAGAUACAUUGCCACUGUUUCUCGUCUCUUUUUACCUUUUUCUCAAAUACUAGGUGUAAUGGAUCCGUCCCUUUUUUCUUUCAAAAUUUUUACUUCUCUCUGUCUCUCUGAAAAUGUAUGAUUCAGUCAUGUGUGUGUACGUCUGAAGGCUUUGCUAAAGGAAUGUUGCAACCAAAGGAAUUCACUACCGUGAAUCGUGCAAGUCUUUUUUCUGUCUCCCCCCCCGCCUCAUCCCAUAUAAAGGAUAGAAAUAUAUUUCCCUCC